AUGCAAUUUUCAAAAGUCGCCGUUGUUUCAGCCAUUUCAGGUUCAGCUUUAGCUUCAUGGUCAAAUUCUACAAUCACUGAUAUUCAAACUAAAACUUUAACAAUCACAUCAUGUAGUGAAGAUAAAUGUUCCCUUAAAACCAUUGAAACGGGAAUUUUGACAGUGACUGAAUUAGAUACCACUUAUACAACUUAUUGCCCAUUACCAUCAACCUCAGAAGCUCCAGAAUCAACCAAAAAAGAUAUAGAAUCAACAACAGUCACAAUUACUAGCUGUCAUGAAGAUAAAUGUGUCACUAAACCAGUAGUAACAGGAUUAACAACUGUGACCGAAGGGACCACCGUAUAUACAACAUAUUGCCCAUUAACUAGCACCGAAGAAGCUCCAGCUUCAACUCCAGCACCAGCUCCAGAAACUGAAUCAUCAGUUCCAGCUCCAGGUCCAGCUCCAACUGUUUCAAAAACUACUGUUGCUGAACAAUCAUCAGCAGCUCCAUCAUCAGCUGCUCCAACUGUUGUUGAAGGUUCUGCUGCUAAAGCUGUUCCAGCCUUAGCUGGUUUAUUAGCUUUAGGUGCUUUCAUUUAA